UGGCCAACAUGGGGCAGGACCAGGCCGAAGGAGGGCGCCAGGGAAGACUUCUUGGGGACUAGAUCGACUUUGUCCACAAAGCAGCAGGCUUGCUGUCCCCUUGCCAGAGGGCAUACAGAGGUGACCCUGAAUGCUAGAUGAGCCGCUUUCAGAGAAGACCUGCAGAAGGCAGUCCGGGUGGUGCAUCCCUCUGCCUGCCUCAGAUUUAUUGCCCGUGACUAGGCCCUACCUUGGCCAUUAAAACCAAAAGCAGUCGGAGUUUCCCCAGCACAUUCAGCAUGCUGCGGACUAGCUCCUCAACCCUCUCAGGGCACAUUAAGCUCUGCUUCCUGACCUUAGCUGUCUUUAUGGUCCUGGCUCACACUUCCCCAGAGGGAUGGCUCAAAACGUGCUUUUAUGGACUGGGCAAAUGCAGACGUGAAUGCCGGUCAAAUGAGAAGAAGAAAGAGAUAUGUGGGGAUUUCACGAUUUGCUGUCUUCACAUAUCAAAGUCAAAACUAUCCAACAUACCUCUGAGCAACACACGGAAAAAGAAUGAGUCUUCUUGUUAAGAUCCAGGAAGAUCCAAGGCAUCAGCAAGCCAAGGAGAGAUGCUGAAGAGAACCAGCUCCACUGAUGUUUGGACUUUGUCCCCAGAAUUGUGAGAAAAUAAACUUCUGUUGUUCAAGUCA